GCCCCUCCAGGAUGGCAGUGCGGAAGCGGAAGAGGCUGCAAGGCCGGGAAGCCUCUCCUGAGGCCAGCGGGGUCCUGCGGUCCGGGCCGCCCGCCGUGAUGUCGAGCCCCCGGAGGAACGUCGAGGGACGCCCGCUGGGUACCUGCGCCCCCAGCAGCAGCAGCAGCAAUUCCGUCAGCCCAGCCCACGGCGGCGGCGGCGGCAGCAGGUUCGAGUUUCAAUCCCUGCUCAGCAGCCGCGCGCUGGGCACCGACCCCACCUGCGGCCGGCUCCGCGCGUCCGAGAGCCCGGUGCACCGCCGCGGCUCGUUCCCUCCCGCCGGGGCAGGCCCCUCGCAGGCGUCCCCGCCCCCGCCGCCCGAGGAAGACCGCAUGGACCUCAACCCGUCCUUCCUGGGCAUCGCCCUGCGCUCCCUGCUGGCCAUCGACCUGUGGCUGUCUAAGAAGCUGGGGGUGUGCGCGGGGGAGAGCUCGUCCUGGGGCAGCGUGCGGCCCCUUAUGAAGCUGCUGGAGAUCUCGGGACACGGCAUCCUCUGGCUGCUGGGCACCCUCUACUGCCUGUCCAGGAGCGACAGCUGGGCCGGGCGCGAGGUGCUGAUGAACCUGCUCUUCGCCCUACUGUUGGACCUGCUGCUGGUGGCCUUGAUCAAGGGGCUGGUCCGCAGGCGCCGCCCGGCCCACAACCAGAUGGACAUGUUUUUCACCCUUUCGGUGGACAAGUACUCCUUCCCUUCCGGCCAUGCCACCAGGGCCGCCCUGGUGUCGCGGUUCAUCCUGAACCACCUGGUGCUGGCCAUUCCGCUGAGGGUGCUGGUGGUACUGUGGACUCUCAUCUUGGGCCUCUCCAGGAUCAUGCUGGGGCGGCACAAUGUCACCGACGUGGCUUUUGGCUUUUUUCUGGGUUACAUGCAGUAUUGCAUCGUGGACUAUUGCUGGCUCUCACCGCACAAUGCUCCGGUCCUCUUUGUACUGUGGAACCAACAGUGACACCAUCUCAUUCAUUAUGGCACCAGGAGAUCUGGAGGUCUCCACAUGUGAUGAUGCUGACAUAAACCAGCAGCCAUCCUGCUUGCCCCUCUAAGGAAAUUUCAGGUUUCCUUUGGGAUUUCAGGUGUCCUACCAUCUUGAUGGGUUGCUAGGCUGGAGCACGUGCUGGCCAUUACUGAUCACAGCCAUAUUGUAGAAAGCAAAAAAACAAACAAAAACCCUUUUAUUAUAUACUUAUUCAACAACUGUUUAUAUCUCCAGGACAACUGCAAAGAAACCAAGUUGGGGUGAUUAUAAUGUUGCUUCUUUUUAAAAGUUGACAUCAGUAAAUUUUGUGUUUUGUAGUAAUCUCAUGAGUCAACACAUCACUGGUAAAUUGAACUUUGAAAAAAAAAAUCAUCAUCAUUCUGUAAAUAUACAUGCAGGUGAGCCACA